AUGAAUAUAAGCACAGACAACUUCUUUAUUGGCAUCCACUGGCUCCACUUCUCUGUAUACCUCUUUGCCUUCCUGGUGGGGCUCCCCCUGAAUGUGCUGGCCCUCAUGGUCUUCGUGGGCAAGUUGCGCAGCCGGGCGGUGACCGUGGACAUGCUCCUGCUCAACCUGACCAUCUCAGACCUCAUCCUGCUUCUCUUCCUGCCCUUCCGCAUGGUGGAGGCGGCCCAUGGCAUGCUCUGGCCUCUGCCCGACAUGCUCUGCCCCCUUGUAGGAUUUCUCUUCUUCACCACCAUCUAUGUCACCUCCCUCUCCUUGGCAGCUGUGAGCAUUGAGCGCUUCCUGAGCGUAGCCUAUCCUGUGUGGUACCAGAGUCAGCCCAGGCUGAGACAGGCUGCCCUGGUCAGCGGAGCCUGCUGGCUUCUGUCUGGAUCUCACUGCAGCGUGGUCUAUAUUGUGGAAUUCUCUGGAAACAACUCCCACAGGAAUGGUACCUGCUAUCUAGAGUUUCAGGACAACCAACUGGCCAUUCUCCUGCCUGUGCGGUUUGAGAUUGCUGUGGUGUUUUUUGUGAUCCCUCUGCUCAUCACAGCCUAUUGCUACAGUCACCUACUCUGGCUGCUCAGCAGGGGAUCCAGCCGUCGCUGGAGGAGGAGAGUGGCAGGGCUGGUGGUGGCCACACUGCUCAACUUCAUAGUCUUCUUCGGACCUUUUGCCAUGUCUCAUGUCAUGGGCUUUUUCCAGGGUCACAGUCCACAUUGGAGAAGUUACGCGCUGCUUCUCAGCACUCUGAACUCCUGUAUCGACCCUCUUGUCUACUACUUCUCAUCCUCCCAGUUCCAAGAGAAUGUUCACAGGCUGCUGAGGUAUCUGGCCUACAAGCCUGGGAGACACAAGAACCAUGUGAAAGAGAAGACAGAAACAGUGGGACAGCAGAGACCACCAUCUGAUACAGAGAAUACUCGACUCUAG